GUCUCGUGAAGCAGGCCGGAUAUGAAGACAGAUAUCAACUCACAAUACCAUUUUUGGAUGAAUGUUUUUGUUACAUCUGCAAUAAAUACAGUAUCUGCAGUGAAACGGUCGUAGAGAUGGAACCAGGAGAAGACAGCCUGGACACCAGUGAAAACAUUAUUCCCCCCUCGGGUUCAGAUGCCUCUCAGGAACUUUGUGUCUCAGAGUCCUUGGCAGGCUCGUAUGGCGAAGAUGAUGACAGUGACGAUAGGUACCACUUAGAGCCGCAGUCUCCUCACAACCCUACGUCUGGUCCUGAGUCUCCAGAGGCUCUUCAGUUACAAGACUGGGAAUGUGGAGAGCCCCCAGAACCUGAACCUCACGUUGGACAAACAUCAUGGCAGCAUUCCCGAUCGUUCUCCUCCUCCUCCGCCUCUCUUGGCGGUGCAGAUGUGACCCAGGCCUUGACCCUGUGCGCAGAACAGCCCCAGGGAACCAGGAAUAGGCAGGACCCACAGACUGGGAGCAGGAGGGUCGAGUCCUCAGAGGAAGGAGGGAGUAGUGAAGCACCUCCUGCUUCUGUCUUCUCUGGAAUUUCAGACGAGUGUGCUGAGCAGGCAGAGAAGAAGAAGUCAGGGUCUGACACAGAUCCGUGCAGACCCGGCAGGCACAGAGUAAGGCACACACGUUUCAGACGGAACGAGAGCCAAUCAGAGAGACAUGUAAAGGAGACCAAGUCUAAAUGCAAACAAAUUGCCCAGCUCCUAACCAAUGCACCCAACCCCCAAAACAAGGGAGCCCUGCUGUUUAAAAAACGCCGCCAGAGGGUCAAGAACUACACACUCGUGAGUUAUGGAACUGGUUUUCUUGCAAGUGACAGCGAAGAUCAAGUAGAGGGGAACUCUGACGAAGGUAGAGGGGCUGGGUGCAACGUUGAGGCUUCGGGGGAUUCUGACCCAGAGGAGCACCGUUGUCUUUAUUACGAGCAACGUCAUCUAAGUGAGAACUGGGAAAGUUUUCAAGAAAUGCAAGAACUACCAGAGAUAAAGGGAAAGGGAGGUUUUAUGUUUGCCCAAAGACGAAAACGAAUGGAUGGACUUGUGUCAGACCGCGAAGAACAAAGUCAAGUAGCGCAGAAUAUCUAUGAUGCUAAAGAAAUGUAUGUGCAUGCUGAAGAGACCAAAUACAUGGAUGAUAAUCUCAAGACGUAUUUAGAAUACCAUGAAGAUAUUCAACAGAUGAACAACGUUUCCAACAUGCCAAAACCCUUGGUGCCAAACAGAACUGCAAAACCUUUCCUGGGACUUCACGAUGGAAUAGAUCCCGUCCAAAAGAAGCACGAGCCAAGAUUCAAGGUACCUGUCCCGAUAAACACCCACCCAAAAGUUUGGUCCCCAACUGGAGACAUCAUAGCCUCAAGGGAUGAGCGAAUAUCUGUGCCGGCCAUCAAGACCGGCAUUUUGCCGGAGUCAAAACGGAGAUCUGCUAAUAAACAGUCGUCAGCGCAGAAAUCAGGUUCUCACAUUCAAAACAAAGGGGAUAGGAGGUCCUACAUUGAGUCAGAGGAUGACUGUUUCAGUCUGGGUGCUGAGGCUUGUAACUUCAUGCAACCCAGGGCGAUGAAACUCAAGAAUCCCCCUCCAGUCGCCCCAAAACCAAGCAUCAAUCCAGCCUCCCUCCCCUGGAUGAGGAGUACAUCCAAUGAGCCCUAUAUUCCCCCAAGAAGUCCAAUCUCACAGCCCUCCCAUAGUCCUGUAGCAGCUCAUAGUCAGCAUUAUUUACAGAAGCAAGAUUGGGUUCAGCCGCAACAGAUGGCUAACCACUGGGCAUCAGAUCAGACUCAGGCAUCACUUCAAACACCGGCCAACGUCUGGACUCCGCUCAGUUCUUCUUCUAAGCUUCAUCUUCCGCCAACCACAAAUAGCUCAGGUCAACCACAGCCACGAUCCCCUGUGAGUAUGCAAGCCCACAGUCCGACUUACAGCCCACGUUUACCCUCGAUAGAUAUGUCAGGCAGCGCUCCAAACUCAGUUGUCUCUUGCCCACCACAGCCAGGGAAGCUAUACGCAACAACGGCCUUGCAAGCGUCUCUAAAAGGCAGAGUCUCAGAUAGAGAUAUGUAUCAGUCUGCUGAUGGUUCCGCCUUGGUGGGAAAGGGUGCAGCAUUGUUUGCCAGGAGACAGUCCCGAAUGCAGAAGUUUGUUGUUGACGCUGAAACAGUACAGGCUAAUAAGGCAAGAUCCCCCUCCCCGUCUUCGUCCCUCCCUAAUUCGUGGAGAUAUUCAUCAAAUAUUCGAGCUCCUCCUCCAGUGGGAUAUAAUCCUCUUCUUGCUCCUUUCUACCCUCCAUCAGCAGCCAAGCAGCCCCCUUCCACAGGCCCCCAUACAAAGCUCAAGACCAAAGAGAAACCAAAAUCAGCUCCGAAGCAGCUCAAUGCCUUAGAAAUUAUGCAACAUCAGCCUUAUCAGUUGGACUCUUCACUGUUCAAGUAUGAUGCAAUCCCUGAGGUUCAGAGCCCCAAAACUAAACCAGUGUCGAAAUUUGAUGUUAUCAAAAGCCGCAAACAACGAUCUGUUUCCUCUCAAUCUUCUCAUAAUACCUCUGAGAUAGCUGUUCAAAACAAGGCAGGGGCUCCUGCUAAGUCUUCUGGACGGGUAAGUCCUCAUAUUUCCUCUGCCCCAAUCACAAGAUCACCUGAGCUGCUUUCGACAGACAAGCACUUGGAUGAAAAGCUCACAGUCACGACUGCAGCUCAGCGCGUAAGCAACAAGCAAGCACAAAGCCCCCGACCUGCAAGCACAUCCUCCAAGCACUCAUCCUUUGGCGACAGCAUAGCUUCAGCUUUCUCUCCUGCAUCUCUUAUUGCUCGAGGCGCACGUCAAAUGGCUCCGCGGCCAAAGUUUUCUGCCAAGAAACCAGCAGUGACAGGCAAACAGUGGAAGCCGGUCGCUAUGCUUAAUUCAUUUUAAGACUGUAUAUGGUCAUGCUUUGGAGUAGCCUGAGACAAACACAUCCUUACAUCUGUGACUUUAAACAUCUUAACAGGUUGAAACUAUUAUAUUGUUGCACUAAAUGCAGGCCUCAUUCAAUGUGAUUUAAAAUACGCAGCUUCAUGCAUAAAAUUGUCAGGUAAAUGCAAUUUAAAUUGCAGUUGAGUUUAUUUUGGUUUGAGUUGAUUGGUUGAGGACUCGUCUCAAAGAAUGCGAUACGACAAUGUAGACGUAUAGACAGAGUUCCUAUUAUCUGGAAAAUACUAAUAAUUACUUUAAACAUUAUUUUCCUGAAACUUGGAAGGAGCUCUGUGGACUUGAAAAGUUAAGAAAGUGAGAUAAAAUAAUGAAAAGUGAUUCUCAGGAAUUACCAUUACAUGUGCAAUCAUGUGGAGAGGUUUACAGUAAUAAACUGAUGCCUCUUGCAUUUCUUUUUCUUUUUCUAAGCAAUAAGAUGUAGCAUUAGCUAUCACAUAAACCUCAUACAACACCAAAGACACAAAAUUAAUAAUACAAAUUAUUAUUACACUUAAAUCCAAGUCAGUUGAAAUUCUAUCUUAAAAAUAUCUAAUUUUUGUAGUCAUAUUUACAGAAUAUUUUUAAUAAUUUAUUGCAUUUGGGAAACCUGUUUAUGCACUUAAUUUGUGUGUAUACAGUUUUAGAUGCCUUCAGUCUCAUUCCAGACUUUGAUAAGAUACAAGGAUCACUGUUGUGAUCAGUAACCCAGGUGACUUUAUUUAUCAUUAUUAUUAUUAUUUUUAAUUUUAAUAUAUUUUCUGAAACCAUCUGUUAAAGUCGCUUACUCCAAGUGAGUAAAGUCAUCCUCAUCCUCGAUGGAAAACAUCAGUAAAGCAUCAGUUAAAUAUGACAUGAAUGUGAAUGUUCCACCACUGAUUCUCAAUUUUAUUAGAGACUCAAGAUUAAAACAAGAAAAACUGCUGUAUUGUUGUUGUCACUAUGUCUUUGUCUUUCUAAAAUAUCAUUGUUAUUGCACUUCUUCUACUCAGCACAGUCAUGCUAUUAAAUUUCUUUUUCGUCCCACUG